AUGUCUGACGAACGCGAUACUGCUGACUUCAUCAAGUCGCUCUUUCGAGUGUCUGGGCUUGAUGAACCUGAUCUCGAGGAGGGUGAGGACUGGAUGACGUACAGCAGCGGCAGAAAUAUACUUUCCGUCGUCUACGCGACUGGGUUGUGUGUCAAUGCGCAGACACUCAACGAAGACGAUGCCUUCCUCCUUCGCAACGCGGAUAAAGAUGAACAGAACGAUGUCAGCGAAGAGGAAUGCUACGGGGAUCUCUCCGCGUUGUUUGCUGGCGAAGCAGACUCCAAAGAGGUCGAUGUGGCUCAGGAGGAAGGGCAGAAGCCCGCCUUCCAAUCUUGGUGCAUCAUUGCUUGA